UCAUACGAGGAGCGCAUUUCUCCUCAACGUAGCACAGUUGAGCACCAAAGACCACCCAACAAUGGCAGGUUUUUCCUCUGCGGUCUCAAAUACGACCUUUUUCUCUGUAACAUCAAAGAGUCAUCAGUCCUCUUCUCGUCCCUGUACUUACUUCUUUGCAGUACCCACCAUUUCUUUCCCUCUUCUUUCCUCUCGAACACGAUGCCGUCCCCUCACUCCCACACUAAUAACAGCAUCUCUCAAGGAAAAUUUAGGCCUCGUUACGAAGACAUGGGGUGAUUUCACAAGCUUGAAUUACUGGGUCGUUCGGGAUUAUUAUCGUCUUGUAGAGUACGUUAACUCCUUCGAGUCUCGAAUUCAGAAGCUCUCUGAUGAACAGCUAACUGCAAAAACUGCUGAGUUCCGCCGACGGUUGGGAAAAGGAGAGACACUUGCAAAUAUUGAAGCUGAGGCAUUUGCUGUUGUUCGUGAAGCUGCCAAGAGGAAGCUUGGUAUGCGUCAUUUCGAUGUGCAGAUUAUUGGUGGUGCAGUGCUUAAUGACGGGUCUAUUGCUGAGAUGAAAACUGGAGAGGGGAAGACAUUGGUUUCGACAUUGGCUGCAUAUCUUAAUGCCUUGACUGGCGAGGGUGUUCAUGUGGUUACUGUCAACGAUUACCUUGCUCAACGUGAUGCUGAGUGGAUGGGUCGUGUCCAUCGCUUCUUAGGCCUUUCUGUUGGUCUUAUCCAAAGAGGGAUGAAAGCUAAGGAAAGGAGGUCUAAUUAUAGAUGUGAUAUUACGUACACCAAUAAUUCUGAACUUGGUUUUGACUAUUUGAGAGAUAAUCUUGCUGGAAGCAGUGGACAACUUGUUAUGAGAUGGCCAAAACCGUUCCAUUUUGCAAUAGUUGAUGAAGUUGAUUCUGUCCUAAUUGAUGAGGGGAGAAACCCAUUGCUGAUAAGUGGUGAGGCUACUACAGAUGCUGCACGCUAUCCAGUUGCUGCCAAAGUAGCCGAGCUUCUCAUGCGUGGCCUUCAUUACAAUAUAGAGCUUAAGGAUAAUUCAGUGGAGUUGACUGAAGAAGGAAUUGCCCUAGCUGAGAUGGCUCUUGAAACAAAAGAUCUAUGGGAUGAGAAUGACCCUUGGGCUAGAUUUGUCAUGAAUGCUUUGAAAGCCAAGGAGUUCUAUCGUCAAGAUGUCCAAUACAUUGUUAAAAACGGGAAAGCUCUAAUAAUAAAUGAGGUAAUGAACAAAUUCUCAUGAAUGAUCAAGUUAUUUUUGCUUAUCUUUUUUUCAUUUAUAGUUGUGUUCUUUUCUCUUCUGUCUUUUUCGACUACUUGACAUCUGACCAAGAGUAAAUCAAUGUUUUGAAACUGUGAACCUAUUCGGUGUAGCAACCAUAGAAGACUACCAUAGUAAAAUUGAUAAGUAGAGGAAUAGUCAUAAUGAAUUGCCAUCCUGAUAUGCAGAUGAAGCCUUGACCUUGGCUAUCUAAUAUAUAUAUUGUUUAGGCAUAUAAUGAUAAAAGUAUUUUGAAUCUUGUGCCUGAAAGUGUCUGCAUUCGAUCCGGAGCGUCAAUUUGGGAAUUUGAUAUUGCAUUGAAACAAACAAUAACCUCUAUGUUGGUGCUCAAGAGUAUAAAACUGUCAAUCAUGCAUGAUAUUAGUGGAGUUAACUCAUGUACAUGAAUGUACUUGAACUAAGAAUGAUUGUAUUAUUCAAUGACCAUUCAUGUAGGCAUUGUAUUGUUGAUGUCAUGAGCUACUCUGGCAGACUGGCACACAAUUCAUCAUCGUCUUUUGGUGAUUGAACCUUCCAUAGGCCUCAGAUUAUGCAAAAGUAUUCAACAAAACAUAGGCACUUAAUGAGCUUUGAGAAGCUAAAAUAACAUAUACUCAAGCUUCACCACAAACAUUGUACUCCUAUGAAAGCAUAUGUUAUGUACCCACAUUAGGCCCAAGCCCAUCCAUACUAGUUAUUCUAGAAGGGGUUAGAAAGGGAUUUUUAGGUAGUUAGUUGUAAGUGGGUACAUAACAUUACCCCACCCCCAAAGAACCACCUUGUCCUAAAGGUGGAUAGAAAAAAUAGAAGAACUGCUGCUGCUCGGUAUCAACAUCUCCCCACCUCGUUGCCACCAAAGUCACUUCCUCCCCAAAGCUCCAUUUCACCUACAUAGAAGGA